UGUCAACUCCCCUCCUCUGACGGAACUUUAUAGCCGGACACCAGGCGGAAGUGUUUUCUUCUUCUUCUUCUUUUUUAAUAAAACUCAUUUUUAAAAAAAAAAAAAAAAAAAAAAUCCCGUGAGUGGUAGGGUUGCGUUUCUUUGUGUUUGUACUGAGCUUGAAGACAGUUGUGUCGUGUCGUCAGAUAAAUUUUUGAGCUGUUGCAGUAACAAUGUUUUCAAAUGGGAAUUUCUCAGAGUCGAUCAUCAAGCCAAUAACUGCUGCUCCCGAACAAAUAUUUGAGAAAACUGUCGUCCAGUCCGAGGAAGACGUCGAUCAUCAGGGCAAACUGCUGGAUAUCACCUGGAAACCGGAGAUGAAGUUACACAAAACAGACCUCCCACAGCAACAUGUCUGCAUGAAGGAGGAGGUUCUCACUGAGCAGCAGCUCUGUAGCCAGGAGAGGAACUCUAGUUUGGACCAGGAGGAACAAGAACCUCCACAGAUUAAAGAGGAACAGGAGGAUCUACAGCCCCCACAGUUGAAAGAGGAAUAUGAGGAACCAGAAUUUAUACAGAUUAAAGAGGAACAGGAAGAACCAGGACCUGUACAGAUUAAAGAGGAACAUAAGGAACUCUGCAACCGUCAUUGGGAAGAGCAUUUUAUACUGAAACAGGAGACUGAUUCCUUGGUCGAGACUCAUACUGAUGAGGAAAGUGAGUACAGUGAACCAGAACCAAACAGUGACCAAUUCUUCUCUCGCAACUCUCUUUUAGCGGAGAGUCCAGAUCAAGAGGAGCUGAAUCCAAAGAAGAGCCGUCACAGUAACAAUGUAGGCAGCUCUCCCAUGUCAGAGAGUCAGUGUGAUACUGACACAAAGUACAUGACAUGUGACGUAUGUGGAAAAGCCUUUAAGAACAUUUAUAUACUGACGAGACAUUACAGAGUCCACACUGGUGAGACACUGAAUCCUUACAAUACAUGUGGUAAAAGUUUAAUGAAGGGAAGUGAUUUGAUUUUGCUCAACAGUAUUCACUCAGAUGGGAACCCAUAUUCCUGUGAAACAUGUGGGAAAAGUUUCAAUCACAAUAGGGAUUUGACUACACACAUGAGGACUCACACAGGUGAGAAGCUGUACAGUUGUAACUUAUGUGAUAAAACCUUUGCUCGAUGUACGUAUUUAGCUAAACACAAGAGGAAUCACACAGGAGAGAAGCCUUUCUCAUGCAAGACAUGUGGGAAAUGUUUUCAUGAAAACUGUGAGUUGGCUAAGCACAUGAGGACUCACACAGGUGAGAAGCCAUACGGUUGUGACACUUGUGGUAAAACCUUCACUCAAAGAAGUAUUUUAACAGACCACAUGAGGACUCACACAGGUGAGAAGCCAUUCUCUUGCAAGAUAUGUGGGAGACAUUUUCGUCAAAAUAUUGCUUUGACUAGUCACAUGAGGACUCACACAGGCGAGAAGCCAUACAGUUGUGACACAUGUGGUAAGACCUUCAUUCAAAGGAAUCAUUUAUUGAAUCACAUGAGGAUUCACACAGGUGAGAAGCCGUUCUCUUGCAAAAUAUGUGGGAAACGUUUUGGUCAAAAUACUGUUUUGACAAAGCACAUGAGGAUUCACACAGAUGAGAAGCCAUACUGUUGUGACAUGUGUGGUAAAGCCUUCAAUCAAAGAGGUGCUUUAACGGACCACAUAAGGACUCACACAGGUGAGAAGCCGUCCUCUUGCAAGACAUGUGGGAAAUGUUUCUAUAAAAAUAGUAUUUUGGCUCGGCACAUGAUGACUCACACAGGUGAGAAGCCGUAUGGUUGUGAGACAUGUGGUAAAAGGUUCGCUGUAAGUACUACUUUAACAACACACAUGAGGAUUCACACAGGUGAGAAGCCAUUUUCUUGCAAGACAUGUGGGAAAUGUUUCCAUCAAAAUAUUACUUUGACUCGGCACAUGAGGACUCACACAGGUGAGAAGCCGUAUGCUUGUGGCACAUGUGGUAAAGCCUUCGCUGUAAGAUGCAAUUUAAAGAAUCACAUGAAGACUCACACACGUAAAAAGCUGUCAUCCUGACAAUUGAUCUAAUUCUUUUCGAAGAUGUUGAUAUAAGGUUUGGAUUUCAGAUACAUUCUGGACAAACAUGGGGUAAUUUCCUCAAGAUUCUUAGUGCCGAGAGCUGCCCCUAGUGGCCAAAAUCUAACAACAGUCUUAGAACCUUGAUGUUUCAACAGUUUCCCCCGAAAAUUAAGAGUACAUCCUGGUAAAUACAAAGGGUAUUCGUAAAGAAUCUUGGCUCUUAAGAGAGCUUGUAAGGUGAGAUCUGAUUAGAGCACUUGGCUCUAAGAGGCAGGAGAGAUAUUCUCCUAACACUGAAUGACAGUGAGUUAAAAGCAAUAGGAUUGCGCAGGAAUCUGGCCUGUUAGAAAUCACAGACAUUGAUGAAAACUGUGCCUUUUUUACUGUUUUAGUACAAAAAUUGCCAGCAUGCUAAAUGAAUGUAAGCAAAUAAAUAUAACUAUUAGCAAGUGAUUAUUGUGCAUAUGGACCUGAGUUUUCAAACGUUGUUAGAUCAUUUUGUAACAAAUUUUCUUUUUAUGUAAAAUAGCAUUUGCAACGACACACUCUUCACAG